GCGGAGAGGGAGGGGAGCAGAACAGUGUAGGAAAAGAGGAGGAAGCAGCAAGGAUGGCGGAGUCACACCUCUGAAGGUUGCCUGCUAACCGUCUUUUCUGAGAUUUUUAAAUUCCCCGGUGAUGCACAGAUGUCAUUCCAGCUCUGUGACAACCUCCACUGCAAGCUUAAAGCAACUAUUGGAGGUAAUAAAUAAAUCCUUGAAGACGUUUGCAGCCUGAAAGAAUCUCUGUCUGAAGGUCCUGGAAUUCUAUACAGUUCAGACGCUUAAGCAUGUGGUCCAUGGAUGCCACAAUCCAGCUACUUCAAAGGAAUUUUGCUCCAAUGGGAUUUUAGCAAAGGAACAAAGUAUCAUUAGUCUCCAAAAACCUUCAGAUCACAAGGCCUUUAUUAUAAGGGUAAUCAUAAUUUUGUGAGCCUGCAUGGGGAUGUUUCCUUUUCAAGCCUCCUUGGCUGUCUGUUUUCAUUUUUUUCUGAAUAAGUAACCUGACAAGAAAGACUCCCAUGAGCAACUCUGCAGGAAGCCCGAUAACGUCGACAUGAGUAGUACUUUAGGCAAAGAAAAAGAUUCGAAAGAAAAGGACCCCAAAGGUGGUCCAGCGGGUAAAGAAAGAGAAAAGGAGGCCAAGGCUUUGGCCAGCUUAGUUAAGGAUGGAGGCAAAGAAACGAAGACCAAAGGGAAAGAUGCCAAAGAUGGAAAGAAGGACACCAGCAGCUCAACACCGGGUGUUGCCUUCUCUGUUGACAAUACGAUAAAGCGGCCAAACCCGGCACCAGGUACACGCAAGAAGUCCAGUAAUGCCGAGGUGAUCAAAGAGCUUAACAAGUGUCGGGAGGAAAACUCCAUGAGACUGGACCUAUCUAAACGGUCCAUUCAUAUGCUGCCCACCUCUAUUAAGGAGUUGACGCAGCUGGCUGAACUCUACUUAUACAGCAACAAGCUUCAGAGCCUGCCGGCUGAGGUGGGUUGCCUAUCAGGCCUGGUCACUUUGGCCCUCAGCGAGAACUCCCUGACCAGUUUGCCUGACUCCCUUGACUCCCUGAAGAAGCUUCGAAUGCUUGACCUCCGGCACAACAAGCUGAGAGAGAUACCAGCUGUCGUCUAUCGCUUGACAUCUCUGACCACGCUGUACCUGCGCUUCAAUCGCAUCACAACAGUGGAGAAGGACAUCCGAAAUCUAUCCAAGCUAACCAUGCUCAGCAUCCGUGAGAACAAGAUUAAACAGCUACCCGCAGAGAUAGGGGAGCUGUGCAACCUCAUUACUCUGGAUGUUGCCCAUAAUCAGUUGGAACACCUACCGAAGGAGAUUGGAAAUUGCACGCAGAUAACCAACCUCGACUUGCAGCACAAUGAGCUCUUGGACCUCCCAGAGACUAUAGGUAAUCUGGCAAGCAUAAAUCGCUUAGGUCUGAGAUAUAAUAGGUUGUCAGCUAUCCCCAGGUCGUUAGCCAAAUGUCGAGAACUGGAAGAGCUAAACCUCGAAAACAACAACAUUUCAGUGUUGCCAGAGGGCCUGCUGUCAAGUUUGGUAAACCUGACAAGUUUAACACUGGCAAGGAACUGCUUCCAGUCGUACCCUGUGGGUGGGCCGUCCCAGUUCUCCACCAUUUACUCCCUCAACAUGGAGCAUAACCGUAUCAACAAGAUCCCCUUUGGUAUCUUUUCCAGGGCCAAAGUGUUAAGCAAGCUUAACAUGAAGGACAACCAGUUAACAUCCCUGCCACUGGAUUUUGGCACAUGGACUAGCAUGGUUGAACUUAAUCUGGCCACCAAUCAGCUGACUAAGAUCCCAGAGGAUGUGUGUGGUCUCGUCUCUCUGGAGGUGUUAAUAUUGUCCAAUAAUCUUCUCAAGAAGUUACCACAUGGUAUUGGAAAUUUGAGAAAGUUACGAGAGCUUGACUUGGAGGAAAACAAGUUGGAAUGUCUACCCAAUGAAAUCGCUUAUCUUAAAGAUUUACAGAAAUUGGUGUUGACAAAUAAUCAGCUGACUACGCUACCCAGAGGUAUCGGCCACCUCACCAAUCUGACUCAUCUUGGUUUGGGGGAGAACCUGCUGCAACACCUUCCUGAGGAGAUUGGCACACUGGAGAACUUGGAGGAACUGUACCUCAACGACAACCCCAACCUGCACAGCCUCCCGUUUGAGCUGGCCCUCUGCAGCAAGCUGUCCAUCAUGAGCAUCGAGAACUGUCCCCUCACCCACCUGCCACCACAGAUUGUCGCAGGAGGCCCCUCCUUCAUCAUCCAGUUCCUCAAGAUGCAGGGACCAUACCGUGCCAUGGUCUGAGCAAGAGCAGCUCAAAUGCCAGUCCUGCUUAACUCCAAACCCUCCACUUGCUCUGCACCCUUUCGCCUGCCCGCCCCCAUUAUGUGUAUCAUACGCUGUAAAGAAAACAGACUCGCCACAAUCAGUGUCGGGGGAGGGGGGGCAAAUACGAGGAGGAGGUUGAUGAGGAAAAUGUUUCUUUCUUUCACCAUCCUUGUGCAGAAACGAGGCGAAUCUUUGGAGACUUGACUUCUGUGUUGCUCCAGAGUUUAUCACGGUCGUUUUAGGACCCCAGCCACCACAACACCCCCACUCAUCUUUCAUUCCGACUCAUACAAGAGGAAAAUAUUUCCAUCUAUUUGCCAAAACUGAAGAUAUAUAAAGUUAUAUAUAUUGAGUAACUGUGAGCUAAGUGGCAAGUCUUUAAACCAUAUAAACCGUGCUCCCAUUGCCAAUGUAUUUACAGUAAUUACAAGCAUCUGUUAUGUGAGCAAGGAUACAAUUGUAUGCAAAAACAAACAAAAAAAAGUCUUUGGAACUUCUCAUUUUCUGCUGCUGCCGUAAUUUUAACUUUGUCAUCUUGUUAUACUUUCUUUUGAGAUUUCCUUUUUCUCUUCCUUUUUUUUUUUACAUCAUCUUCUCUCGACAGAACUUUCGUUAAUUGCUUGACCAUAGAGAACAAAGGUCUAAUGAUGGUGUGCUUAUAAUUUCGUUUUUGUAUUUUUUUCUCCUUUUUUUUUUUACAUUGCUUUUUUUUAAAAAAAACUGUGCCUAUGUUUAGAGUGAUCCGGUGGUUCAUCUCUGAACACAAUUGUCCAUGAGAAUACAAAGAUAUAAAUUAUUUCAAUAACUUUUUUAAUUGUUACUGCUGUUUUUACUUUUGUUUUUCUUUUUUAGUGUUUCUAUUGCAUUAAUCUGUCAAAGCAAGUGAUAUCAGUUGUAAAAUAGGAUGAUUGGAGAUCUUUUUGACAAAUAGCAGCAGUGGUUGUUCAACAUUAAGCUAGUAAUGUAUACAUAUGAGAAAUGCCAAUCAUACGUGCUUGAAAAACAAAAGCAACUUGGACUUUUCUCCAAAACGGGCGGUGCUGUGUCUCCGUCUAUACUGAUUUUGUGCAACAAAAAGGUAUUGAAAAAAGUCAAGCAUACAUAGGUGAUGGGAUAAAUGAUAGAUGUUUUUAUAUAUGUAUACAAAAUCCUGGUUGUUGCCUUGUGUGCAAUUUUUAGUUAUGUUUACUUGUUUGAUAUUCUCUUCAGUGUUGGGCUGCAUAGCUGUCAUCCAGUUGAUCAUUGACCAACAUAUCAAGCGUUUUUAAAAAGACGUCUUCGGAGUCUCUGAAGCAAGUGGUGAGUGUAUCAGAGCUUCAAAAAAAGAUUUGAUAAUAAAACAUUGACAGGUACAUCCUUCUUGACACUUCCUUUUUUUUGUUAAUAUCUUUCAUUUUUCUGUAGUGUUUUUAUUUUGACAGGGUCUCCUAAGAAUCUUGAUUGCUGAACAGAAAAUAUUCCCUUGAUUUGUAUUGAUUUGUAAUUUAGUUUUUUUUUUAUAUAUAUAUCUUUUGUCCCACACUGUCCCAGCAAUGCUGCUGCUCUUAUGCACUUUUUUUUAAGACAUUGGCAUCGUAUAGACAAAAACACAAUUGCCCCUCAUUGGUUAUUUGGAAUGGGGGCAUUUUGUUUCAUAAGUAUUUUAUUUCUGAAGUUUAUCAUGUACAUUUGUAUCGAUUAAAUAUAAAUGUUUGAGUUUGCGGGCUCAGAAUAAACAAUUUUUAUCCUGUCAAUCUUAAAAAAAGGAGCUUGCUCUCUUGAACUGUAAAAGUGUAUCUGUGGGUAUGAGACAUUUGAAAAUUCCAAUAUUCUAUUAAUUGCAAGCAAAUUGGCUUAUUGCAGUUAAGAUGAACGUUAUUUUAAAUCAAUUUACAUUGAAUGUCUUUUUUUCCUAAGUGAUGAAAUGUGCAUUCAGUUAGUAUUAUUUCAAGUGACUGUACAUUAAAUAUCCCAACAAAAAGUAAUCGAAACCAAACUUUAUUAUUUUCUUUUCGAAAAUGUUUUGCAUCCCAGUUCUAUAUUCAAUCAUGAUUCUGUUUGUGUAUUGAAAUGUGUGGGUCUACUUUCUUUGCAGCAGCUUGGUGUGUUUUAGUGGGCUGUGGUCCUGCCUUCUCCGCUGGAGGCCUGAAUGAUGAGCGCGCCACAGCUCACCUCCGGGUUGGGUCGGGUUUGGGGAAAAACAAUGAAACGCUGCUUCUAAUUUACCAGCAGAACCUGUUGCUGCUUUUCACGGACUUAAACAUAUGCUGUUCAAGACGGAGGGAGCCGGGUGUGAGGCAAGAGGCGGGAAGCGAUCCACUCCCAACACUGAUACAGACUUCACUCGAAAACCUGACGAGGGACAAAUCCACUGACCUUUUCGAUUUUAGCGUCAGGCCCGGUGGUUUUCACACAGAUCAAAUCGUUUGGACAACAACGAUGAGACAACACAACAAGGUGCAUAUUUGAGCUUAACGCAGUUACAGUACAAGACUGUCGGAAAAAGACAAAAAAAAAUUGUAAAAAGGGCUUUCUGUGUUCACGCUCAACAACACACCGGAGGCAUUGCAUUCCUGGGUUUUAUAUAAAAGCUUUGGAAGUUUCUUUUUGUGUAUUUACUUUUAGCUGUAAACAAUUGUGUGAAAAAUGCCUUCGAGUACUCAAAAAAGUGAGAUGUGCAUUAGGUAUGCAGCGUGAGUGCUGUGACCCAUUUUUACAUUCAGUCUCUCUGUUCUUACUUUUCCAUGUGCCAUUUUGCAAGGUUGAAAAUGCCAGUGUAUGAAGACACACAGGGGAAUGGGAGGUGAGGCAGAAACUGAGCUGGGCUGACUGACUGGAGAGCAUUUAUCAGAUCGUGGAAUGUAGUUUUACUGGGCUGGUGGGGUGGAAGUGGAGAUCACCGACUGGCCCGUUCGGUUGGAGGUGUGGAGCUGUCGCUGGAUCAAAGUGAUGACGAUGUAUUGCAUACCGGUGCAUCCAAAAUAAUUGGAGUAUUUGUGUUGGUUUUUCUGUCGUCUGUUAUUUCAGAAUCAAAGUCAUUUCGCUCCUUUUGCUUUUUGGUCCUGGAUCAUAGGACUUGUCAUUCUCUUGCCUGGUUAUUUUGUACAGGAAACAAGCAUGUUGAACACAUAUUUGACAUGAUUUGUCUGGGUCAGAAUCGAGCGUUUUUGCAUAGAAGACUUCGAUUUAGUGGCUAUUUGGUGUACCUGCAAAUGCUCCCUUUUUGUAUAUUGCAAAGGGUGUCGAAGCAUUGUGUGGCAAUGCUUAUCCUACUUAAUCUACAUUGACAAGCAGCCUUAAUGGUCUUUUUUAUGUGUUUGUUUGGCUAUUCCUUUUGUCUAUGGCCACUGACUGUACUUGAUUACAAGCAACUGGUCGUUACGAUGUAAAUUUGGGUCUAGUUUCUUCUGUCUUAUUUUUCCUUUUACUCUGUACAGUAAUCUGACGUUACGGUAGACUCAGUAUUACAAAAUCUGUAAUGUGAUGAUGAGAGUUUUACAAGAAGAUAAAGAGUGCAAUGGAAGAUAAUGCCAUUAUGCUACCAAGUGGAUGUGCAUUAGCUGACAUCUCGCUUGUCUUUGGCAUUAAAGGGGAAUUACGCCAAAACUGACUCGGAUUGUCAUUCCGCAAAUCUUUUUUCACAAGAAAGACUUUAUUUUUUUAUAUAUUCCUCUCAUAACUUAUAGCUGAUUUCAGUCAUGAUUGCAACAUUGCGGGUUGGGGGGGGGGGGAUACAAUUGGAUGUCAGUACCUUUGAUAGUCGUGAAACUUAAGUAGGCAAACCUUUUUUUAACAUCUGUAUCAAGAUUAGGCACGUUCUGCAUCAUGAGAGCACAUAACCUCAUAAAUUUUCACUUUUCUGAAGAACUAACUCAGUCAGUUUUGGCAGAUUAGCCCUUUAAUGUAAAGCUGCCCGCUCCUUCCUACUGCGUACCUAUCCGAAACCCACCCACCCGCUCACACACCCCUCUAUAGUAUCUCCAUACAUAUACUUGACUGCCUUAUGCGCACCAAGCAGAACCUUUAUGACCGUUUGAUUUCAUCAGCAGAGACAGAUAAUCAUUUAUUUCUUUAUUUCUUUCUUUAAUGUCAGUAAAGGGAUCGGGGGUCCUUGGAUCGGCUAAAGUUUUUGGGUCAGUUGUCUCUCGACUGGACGAGCAGAUGCAGACAUGACUACCUCUAUGUGAGUCUUUAUUGCUAACCACAGUGACCAAGAUCCAGUCUGAGGUGUUUCUACCUGUGUAAAGCCGUGUGUUGGCAGCAGGAACUUGGAUUUGGACCAGCAAUUCAGCAACAGUUUUGUUCUACUAAGCACCCUCCUGUUGUUUUUUUUUUAUGAAUAUAUGCCUUUACUAAGCAUUAUUUGGCAAAUGAAAAAGAGGAAAAAUCCACAGAUUUAUGUGCUUGGUUGUAAAUGACAAACUUAAUCAAUGCCGCCCCAUUGUAAGACAGUUAUCCUGAAACCAACUAGUUGCAGAGUGCUACUUUGCAAAUGAGUGAAAAUGACCAUGUUUGGUGAUGUUCUGUAUGUACAUAUAUCUUUUUAACUGUAAUAAACUGAUAAAUAUUUACAAA